AUGGUGAAGCAGACUAUCCAGAUUUUCGCGCGGGUGAAGCCCACCGUCCGGAAGCAACAACAAGGGAUUUAUUCCAUAGAUGAAGAUGAAAAACUAACAUCUAGCUUGGAAAUUAUCUUACCACGUGAUCUGGCAGAUGGAUUUGUGAAUAAUAAGCGAGAAAGCUACAAAUUUAAAUUUCAAAGAAUUUUUGAUCAGGAUACAAAACAAGAGACUGUUUUUGAAAGCAUUGCCAAACCGGUCGCUGAAAGUGUUCUGGCAGGUUACAACGGUACCAUCUUUGCAUAUGGACAAACGGGCAGCGGGAAGACAUUUACCAUCACUGGCGGAGCGGAACGAUACAGCGAUAGAGGCAUUAUCCCAAGGACAUUAUCUUACAUUUUUGAGCAGUUACAAAAGGACAGCAGCAAAAUAUAUACAACACACAUUUCCUAUUUGGAAAUCUACAAUGAAUGUGGUUAUGAUCUAUUGGAUCCAAGACAUGAAGCCUCCAGUUUGGAAGAUUUGCCGAAAGUGACAAUAUUGGAGGACCCGGAUCAGAACAUUCACCUGAAAAACCUGUCUCUUCACCAGGCAACCACAGAGGAAGAAGCUCUGAACCUGCUUUUCCUAGGAGACACCAACAGAAUGAUUGCAGAGACUCCUAUGAACCAAGCUUCAACUCGUUCCCACUGCAUUUUUACUAUCCACUUAUCAAGCAAGGAACCAGGGUCUGCAACGGUCCGUCAUGCCAAACUCCAUUUGGUUGACCUGGCUGGUUCAGAGCGAGUUGCAAAGACUGGAGUCGGGGGCCAGCUUCUAACAGAGGCCAAAUAUAUCAACUUGUCACUGCAUUACUUAGAACAGGUUAUCAUUGCCCUCUCCGAAAAGCACCGUUCACACAUCCCCUACAGGAACUCCAUGAUGACCAGUGUCCUCAGAGACAGUUUGGGAGGAAACUGCAUGACAACCAUGAUCGCGACACUCUCUUUAGAGAAGAGGAAUAUCGAUGAAUCUAUAUCUACCUGCAGAUUUGCACAACGAGUGGCACUCAUCAAGAAUGAAGCUAUUCUUAAUGAAGAGAUCGAUCCUAGACUGAUGAUUGUCCGGCUAAAGAAGGAAAUACAGGAGCUCAAGGAUGAACUGGCCAUUCUUACAGGGGAGCAGCGGACAGAGGCACUCACAGAAGCAGAGCUCCUCCAAUUGGAAAAACUGAUAACAUCCUUUUUAGAAGACCAAGAUCCGGAGAGUAGACUAGAGGUCGGUGCAGAUAUGCGUAAAGUUCAUCAUUGUUUUCAUCAUUUAAAGAAACUGUUGAAUGAUAAGAAGGUCUUGGGGAAGAAAAGUCCAGUCUCCGCUGAAAUCAAAGACCAAGACUGCCAAGAACCAUUCAAAGAGGAAGAAUAUAAAAAGCUACAAGACAUUCUAAAGCAAAGAGAUAAUGAAAUCAAUAUUUUGGUCAAUAUGUUAAAAAAGGAAAAGAAGAAAACUCAGGAUGCCCUUGACAUACCUAGUAUGGAUAGACGUGCAUUUCGACACUCACAGAGUGCCCCCUUCCCACCUGGGAACCAGGUGGAGAACCAGAGGACAUGGCUAACCUCCGCUUCCAGGCAGACCCCGGACGUCAGCACUUACCAGCACAGAUCCAGUUUGCUCCACAAUAAAACAGGGAUGAGAGAGGAAAUGUCAUUAGGACGCCAGGAGGCUUUUGAAAUCUUCAAGAGGGACCAUGCUGACAGCAUUACCAUCGAAGACAACAAACAGAUUCUGAAACUGAGAUUUUCGGAAGCAAAAGCCCUUGGAGAAUGUAUAAAUGAAGCAAGAAGUAAAAUUGGCCACCUAAAAGAAGAAAUCACCCAGCGACAUAUGCAGCAGAUAGCUCUAGGGAUCUCAGAAAACAUGGCCGUGCCCUUGCUGCCUGACCAGCUGGAAGAGAAGCUGCGCGUACAGCUGGAGGAAGAGAAGAGCAGGUAUAAGACAGCGUUUACUCGCCUGAAAGCCCUCAAGGUGGAGAUUGAGCACUUACAGCUGCUCAUGGAGAAAGCCAAGGUGAAGCUGCAGAAAGAGUUUGAAGCCUGGUGGGCACAGGAGGCCACCAACCUGCAGGCAAACUCUCCAGCUGUGAAUUCACUUAAUCACAUGAAGCUGUCUCCCCAGACACCUGAAUUCCAGCAAGAACAGCCCUGGACUCUCUGUAAUAAAAGUGAUGUGAAUGCCAGGAAAAUCCUGCCCUCACCGCCUUGCCCCACAUCAUACAGCCGGAAAAGCAGCAGCACCACCUCCCUGGAAGACAGGGUCUCCGAGAGGCCGACGUCAUCCAUCCCUCUCACUGGGGACAGCCAGACGGACUCGGACAUCCUGGCGUUCAUCAAGGCUAGACAGAGCAUUCUGCAGAAGAAAUGUCCUUUGGCUCUCUGA